AAUUUCAACAACAGCAUUCGAUGUAGGAUCCUAAGAUAUAUGCUUAGUCAAUUAAUUAUAUUAACUUCUGCCUGGAGCUUCUUUUCAUAAAUACUUGGACAUUUUCAAAAAGUCAGAUGUUGCAAUAAACGCAAUUGAAAGCUUGUUUGAGAAUUUACAUCAUUGCAUCUAAAAGAGACAAUUCCUAUUGAAUUUGAAAAUCAUGUACACGUGUAGAAUUUGUUUCGACUCCGCCGAUAACAACGACGAAGGCACCUUUAUACAUCCAUGUAAAUGCAAAGGUGAUACAAAAUGGGUACAUCAGGAUUGCCUCAAAAAGUGGGAAUUGUAUAAGGUCAAAGCAGAUAUUGACAACAAAUUGUGCUGUGAAAUUUGUCAAACUCCAUACAUGAUUUUGGAACCAAAAAGAUCUCUCAUCUCUAAACUCAUUAUUCCCAUUGAACAUGUUUAUUAUCGUAUGUGUGCUUUCUUUUCGGAUGUUAAUAAUAAUGCCUCGUUGACUGAUAAAAUUUCAAUAGUCUGCCUGAUAAUAUUAUGUCUUGUUCUCUCCCAAUAUAAGGAAAUCAAUACUAUAGCUACGCUGUUCUUCAAAAUGGCUGCAGUCCAAUCACUCAUGGCAUUGUGCAUUUACAUAGAAAUGAUUAACUAUGACGAGGUACUGCUGUUCGGUUUGUCCAAAAUUGAAUGGAUUAAUAAUUCGGCUGCAUUUCAAUCCUUUCUUCAUAUGCAAUACGGAUACGAAAGUGGAAUACCGAUCAAAACUGUAUUGUUGAAUACAUGUCAAGCACCUACCGUCGGUGCUAUCUGCAGUAGUUUACUAUUUUUGUACAUGUCGUGUAAAAUAGGUGAAAAUAUAUUCUACAUAGUUCCACAUAUCUUGUAUCGCAUUCUGUUGAGUGGAGUGUUCUAUAUAUUUUGCAGAACUGUUCUAAUUUUAAGUAUGCAAUUUAUUGAACACAGACGCAGACACUCAUUUAUUUUUCUUGAAUAUAACGAGGACGAACAACGGAUUGCAAACUUAGAACAAGGAUAUACCGAUGAAUAUGAUAUGUUAGUUCCAACGCCUGUUAAUUUGUAUGUUAACCAUGCUGUUCUUGCUGAAAUAUUUGCAGGAAUGCAAAUCGUAGUUCAACAUAAUGAUGUUGACGCUGCAAUUAACAUUCUUAAUGAAUUGUUAUUAGGAGAUGAAAUAGCCGAAAUAGAUUUGCUAACGAAUCAUGAUGGGAAUGUUGUACCAGUACCUUUGGAAGAACUACAAAGUGAUAUAAAUGCUCCUGCGGAGAAUGAAGAUGAUGUUACUAUUGCGUUGCCAAAUAACUCACAGGAAGAAACAGAUAGUGUUAAUGCUUCAAGCAAAGAACCUGCUGCUGAGGAUAAGACUCUAAAUGUUGUUGAAAAUAACAAGUGUACGGGAGUGGGUACUGUGGAUGCUGACGACAGCGGGGAUGAACUAUUGAAAGAAGACUGAUAUGUGUUAAUUAAUCAGCAGCGAAUAUUUACUUAUUGGAACAUCUACUUAAAUUUUUGGUAUCAUAAUCACUUGUUUUGAUUUGCUCAAUUUAAUUUGAAAAUUUUUGUGAUCUGCGUAAAUACCUAAUACUGUCUAAACAAUUAUAUUUAAUAAAAAAUAUUAAAUAUCUGGCUUCAA